AUGCGCCUCUCUCACGCUGUCCUCGCCGGAGCCGGCCUGCUCUCUACCUUCGCAGCCGCCCAGUUCCCCUCCGCCGAGGUAAAUCUGACCACCAUUACGUCGCCAGUCGAUGGCAAUGUCACCAUUCGGUACAAGAUCCCCGACGGCGCCUGCAAGACCGCAUACGACUCUCAGCAGCAAUACACAGGAUGGGUCACCGUGCCCGGCCCCUUCCCGACCAACAUGUUCUUCUGGUUCAUCGGUGCGCGCGAGCCCACCGAGGCCAUGACCAUCUGGCUCAAUGGCGGCCCGGGUGUGAGCUCGCUGUUCGGCCUGUUCACCGAAGUCGGUCCUUGUGAGGUUGUCGAGAAGGGCCUGGAUCAGUACGAGACCGUCGCGAGGGAAUGGGGCUGGGACCGCGCUACCAACAUGUUAUUCAUCGACCAGCCUAACCAAGUCGGCUUUUCCUACGACAUUGCCACCAAUGGCUCCAUGAACCUCUUCAAUGCAAACCAGUCGAGCCCGCCCCAGCCAGUCCCCAACGGCCAGCCGCCCGCCACCUUCCUCAACGGAACCUUCAGCUCCCUGAACGUCAACAACACCACAAACACCACCGCCACGGCCGCAAUCGCCAUAUGGCACAUGCUUCAGGGCUUCUUGGGCGCCUUUCCCCAGUACAAUCCUCCCGACAACAGCUCCCUCGGCAUCAACCUCUUCGCCGAGAGCUACGGAGGCAAGUAUGGCCCCGUCUUCUCCGAUGUCUGGGAGACGCAGAACGAAAAGCGCCAAAACGGCUCCUUGUCCGCCAACAACACGCUCGAGAUCCACCUUACUUCUCUGGGCAUCAUCAACGGCUGCAUCGACGACCAGAUUCAGGCCGAGUUCUACCCUGUCAUGGCCAGCAACAACACGUACGGGUUCAGGGCCAUCAACGACGUCCGCGCGAGCUUGGUCAACGGCACUUUAUAUAAGUCGGGCGGCUGCUUUGACCUGAUUCGGCAGUGCCGUACCGCCGAGUCCGUCUUCGACGCCAACAACACCGGCGGCGUGGCCAUGGUGAACAGCCUAUGCUCCCAGGCCUACACCACCUGCAACAAUGACGCCGUGUUACCCUAUGCCGACUCCGGCCGUAGCUGGUACGACAUGGCGCACAAGACCCCGGACUCGUUCCCGCCAAACACUUACCUCGAGUACCUCAACACGGCGGCCUUCCAACAGUCCAUCGGAUCCACCAUCAACUUCACCAUGACGAGCCAGGCGGUCCUCUCGGCCUUCGAGACGACCGGCGACCACAUGAGAGGGCCCUUGAUGCCGAAACUGGCCGGCCUUCUCGAGCGCGGCAUCCGCGUCGCCCUCAUCUAUGGCGACCGCGACUACAUCUGCAACUGGCUCGGCGGCGAGGCCGCCUCCACCACCAUCGCCUGGCAGGCCGGCCCCGUCUACGGCCGCGGCUUCAGCGCCGCCGGCUACGCCCCCAUCAUCGUCAACGACUCGUACAUUGGCGGCGUCGUCCGCCAGUUCGGGAACCUGUCCUUCAGCCGCAUCUACCAGGCCGGCCACUCGGUGCCCGCCUACCAGCCGGAAACCGCGUUCCAGGUCUUUGCGCGCGUCAUCAUGGGCACCUCCGUCUCGACCGGCGACCGAGUGGACCUGUCGAGCUUCAACACCUCGGGCGACGCGUACGCGACGCAUACGGACAAGCUGCCGAGCUCGCCGGAACCGACGUGCUGGCUGCGGUACAUGCAGGGCUCCUGCACCGGCGAGCAGGUCAGCAUGAUUGCGCGCGGCGAGGGCACCGUCAUCAACGGCGUGCUGUACAGCGACUCGAGCGACUGGCCCCUGGCCACGCAGGCCCCGACGUCGACGCAGCCGGCUGCCUCGUCAUCGUCGACGGUGCUGACGGGGCUGUUCACCGCCACGGCGACGCCCAAGAGCGCCGGUGCCGUCAGCAACCCGAGGGACUCCUUUGCGGCCUUGGUCGCCAUGAUUGCCGGCGCGGUGUGCGUAGGCGUCGGGGGUCUGUAA